GGAAACACGGGUAACGCCCCUGUUCCUUGGCGUGACCAGACUCUGUUGAGCAGUGCGGUUGCAGUGUGAUGGGGUCGAAGCCGGGGCUGACGCUUUGACAGCUAAGAGAAGAUACAGAGAAAAGAGCCAGCGAGCGGCUCUGCACUGCAAACCAUGUUCGCUAAAGGCAAAGGCUCGUCGGUGCCCUCGGACGGGCAAGCUCGGGAAAAAUUAGCUUUAUAUGUAUAUGAAUAUUUACUGCACGUAGGAGCACAGAAAUCGGCACAGACAUUUUUAUCAGAGAUCCGAUGGGAGAAAAAUAUCACGCUAGGGGAGCCGCCUGGGUUUUUACAUUCUUGGUGGUGUGUGUUUUGGGACCUAUAUUGUGCUGCUCCUGAAAGAAGAGAUACCUGCGAACACUCAAGUGAAGCAAAAGCCUUUCACGAUUAUAGUGCCGCUGCGGCUCCAAGCCCAGUACUCGGAAACAUUCCUUCCAGCGAUGGGAUGCCAGGGGGGCCGAUCCCUCCAGGGUUCUUCCAGGGACCUCCUGGCUCUCAGCCCUCACCACAUGCACAACCUCCACCUCACAACCCUAACAUGAUGGGACCCCACAGCCAGCCUUUCAUGUCCCCACGAUAUGCUGGGGGCCCACGACCCCCCAUCAGAAUGGGAAACCAGCCCCCAGGAGGUGUCCCAGGUGCUCAGCCACUGCUGCCCAACACAAUGGACCCCACACGGCAACAAGGGCAUCCUAACAUGGGAGGACCAAUGCAGAGAAUGAAUCCACCAAGAGGAAUGGGCCCGAUGGGACCUGGACCCCAGUCUGAUCCUUGGUUAUCAUUGCAGAACUAUGGCGGCGGAAUGAGACCUCCACCCAAUUCAAUAGGUCCUGGCAUGCCUGGAAUUAACAUGGGUCCAGGGGCCGGCAGACCAUGGCCCAAUCCUAACAAUGCGAAUUCAAUCCCAUAUUCUUCUUCAUCACCGGGUGCGUACGUGGGUCCCCCUGGUGGAGGAGGUCCGCCUGGCACACCUAUAAUGCCAAGCCCAGCAGAUUCAACAAAUUCCAGUGACAACAUCUACACAAUGAUUAAUGCUGUGCCACCAGGAGGAAACCGAACAAAUUUCCCGAUGGGCCCCGGCUCCGAUGGCCCCAUGGGGGGGAUGGGUGGAAUGGAGCCACACCACAUGAACGGAUCAUUAGGGUCAGGAGAUCUAGACGGACUCCCUAAGAAUUCUCCAAACAACAUAAGUGGCAUUAGCAAUCCUCCAGGCACUCCAAGGGAUGAUGGCGAGCUAGGAGGCAACUUUCUCCACUCCUUCCAAAACGACAAUUAUUCUCCCAGCAUGACGAUGAGCGUGUGAUUUCCCCCCCAUCCCCUCUCCCCCUCCCCAGGACAAGAAUGAGUCAGCCGUCAUCUGGAAGAUAAAAGAGAGUUCGCAAGAAGCAGCUAAACAUUUUGGCAAGGAACCGGGGAAGCACCCCGAAUUUAGUUUCAUGCAAUAAACGAAACACAAGGCUGAACUUCUUGCAUUCCAUAAAAAAAAAAAUGAAGGACAAUUUUUUUUUAGACAUAUGACAAGACUUCUUUGGAAGGGUUAUAUAUGUACGUGACACAUUUUAUUAUUUGUAUUUUACUUUUCAAGCAAAACACAGAAAGCCUCUAGCACCUGACUCGACCGCCUUUGCUUUGUCCUUAAACCUGUUGUAUGUCUGUGCUGUGCCGCGCAAGGAAGGUAGUCUAGGUAUGAGAAAUCACCUUGUCAGUGUUGUAGCUACUUUUUAGAACUGGACAGUUUCACACAUGCACUGGGGUUUCCUUUUGAAAACAGAAAGAAAAAACAGACUGUUGGCAAUUCUGAAUUGUGUCUUUUAUUUUGGUAAACUGGCUCCAUCUAGCUACAAGGUGUCCUCUUGGAAGAAGCAUCACAACCCUGCCGCCUAUGGAAUUCUUUGCAAUGAACUGAGACAAAUUCAAGAUGCCUUGAACUGGAUGGUGAAUCUUAUUGUUUUGUUUUUAAGCUUGUCAAAUACCUGUGAUAGCCAUUGGACAUUUACCUGGGACGAAUACAUUUGAAAGCUUUUUAUUUGGCUUUUUAUUUAUCUUUAAGUAUUUUUUUUUUUUUUUUAAGUUGGUGAUUAAGAGACCAUUUAAAAUGUAUGUGUCAUUAUUUCUUUUUCAUACACAAAUAUCCCUGUAAUGCAUUUGUGUCCUUUUUCAUUUCCGAUUUUGUUCAUAACUGCCAUUCUGUAGAUGCGCUGUUAAGACAAGUUAAUUGACUUCCACAGAACCAGUAAUACAAACCGGUUGUAAAUUGACACUGUGUGAAAGAUGCAAAUCUAUGUACAGUACACUACCUGUAGAUGGGAGUUUUUCUUUCUCGUUUUGUUUUUAUAUAUAAAAGUCCACUUCUAUAAAAAGUGUAUCCUGUUAUGUAUAAAAUAUUAUCUGCCUGGACAUACCAUUGUGCUGAUUCUUGAACAUUGUAGUUGUUUCUGUGUUUCUUACCCUGUCGUCUGGUUAAAGGAGAGAGCGAGAAAGUAAUUCUACAUUGUAGUUUGUGUUCAAUAUUUGUUGCUUAAUGUUUUAUCAAGGGAUUGUUUUGUAGUCCCCCUCCCCCCAAAAGAAAUUUAUAUCCAUGUGUCUGACUGCAAAUUAUGAGAUACUUUUCAUACUAUUAAUUGGGGGAUGAUUUUAAAUGUAUUAUUAUUUUUAUUGUUUUAGAUUUGUAGGCUUUUACUGGACAUUUAAACAUGCCAAGGGUAUUUUAGUAUGGGAUUAUCAUGGUUUCAGACGGAUUAGAAAAUGCAAAAUGAGAUUUGUUGUAUUUCUGUGUACCCUUGGUCUCCAAGGUGGUUGGUUUUUUUUUUUUUUUUUUUCUUUUUGUUUUUGCUAAAUUAUUUAUCUUCAAUGGAAUGGGAUGAAACCUUUUUUUUCUCCCCCACACUGUAAUUAAAUAUAAAGAUGAAAAACUUUCUUAUGGACUUGUUUUAUUCUAUUUCUACUACACUGAAUUGUAAAUGUGGAUAUCGGUAAUGUGAAGGGUAUUGUUGAAAUUAUGUAUUGCAGUUUAGCAUAUUGGGUUAAAUAUCAUUAUCCUCGGUUGUGUAGGGAUAAUGUUUCUAGCAGGAUGCUGACUAGACAUUUGAUAAUUGAUUUCAGUCUGACUUUUUCAAAUGGUCUUGGUGAGGAUUGAUUAUGGAUCAAUGUUAUGCCAAAUCAGUCCUGAAUCAUGGUAAUAUCUGACGAGAGCAGGGGUUGCCAAAGUUGGCCCUUCCAGUUCUGGUUUUUGUUCUUCCAGGACCUUUAUUGGACACCCAUGGACCCAGGGUUUUAUUGUAACUAUAUGUACAUAUUUAUUUAUUUAUUUAUUUUCCCAGGAUUGUGCAGGAAGACUACAUGCUGACUAUUUGUACUGUGUAGAUACUGCCCAUUGCAGGGGUGACUAAUGCUGGACUCGCUCACACACAUUAAAACCAGAGUGUUCUGCUUGUACAUUCAGGUCUCAAGGUAAUGCUGAAAUUUGUGUAGCUCCAGAUUUGCUGUGUGCAGGCAGAUUUGAACUUGCAACAACCCACUGCCAAGCAGAAAUAUGGGAAGAUAUUGGAAGGGGAGGUCAUCCUUGGGUCAUUGCAGGCUGGGGUGGCUUGAUGUAAAGUGACACAAGAUAGAAGCAAAGCAAAUGAAAUGGUCAUGAUUUGAGAAGAUGUAAUUUGCAAUAUCCCUUCUGUCAACAUGGGCACGUUGACUUAUUUUUCUAGUGCUUUGUUGGGAUCGACGCAGCAAAUUUGUCUGUGAAAGCUGUACAGUACAAAGAGUUUUUUCAUGUGCAUGAGAGAAACAUAAGCAGCAUCUAAUAUCUAGGAAUUGUUAGUUUCAUGAAGUGACAAGCUAUUUAAAUAACAUUAUUACCUUUCUUGUGUAAUACAUGUGGAGAGAGUACUCUGCAUUGUCUACCUUUUUAAUACUAUUUUUAAAUACAUUUGGACUAUCUGACUUCACUGAUUUAGUGAAGGGCCCUUUUUAUAGCAGCCUACAUGUACGGUUUACUAUCAACAUGGCGUGUGCAUUCACUGAAUUUGUAGACCAGUAAUGAGGGAGCAUGAUUACAUAUAGGGGGCUGUCUUAUGUACACACAAACAAACCUAUUAGAUGUUGACCAUGAUAGAGCAGCUUAAUUGUAUAAUGUAAACCUUAACCCUUUGCGGUCCUAUGUCAGACCAGGUCCUUUCCGGUCUGACGUCGGACCCUAUCUGACAUCAUCAAAAAGACGUCAAGCACAGGUCCCUAGUCGUUUUUUCUCCGGGAAAAAGCUGAGAAAAGCUUUCAAUGGCCGAGAGAGCCUGACGGAAGCCGGUAAAAAAAAAAAAAAAAAAACUACUGAGGCAGAUCUGAGCAA